CAUUUGUUAAGUGAAGGGCGCUUGUAGAAGUUAUGUUUCAUACGCGUUAAAAGCAAGAUAUUGUUUGUACAUUGGUUUCUUUUUAUAAAAGAGAAAAGAAGACAAAAAAUGAAGCUACUAAAAAGAAACUUAAAAAAUCUUUUCUUCUUGAUUUUCCACUUUACUCUCUCAUUACCGUGUCCAGAAAUGUGCAGCUGCAAAUUAGUCAAUUCAACUACGUGCUUGGAAAGCGGGAAUUUUGUGGUUGACUGCAGCGAUGGAGAACUUUCCGAUCAGAUAAAGGGGUUAGGAGACGCCAACGCUUUGGAUUUGUCUCGUAAUCAUUUUGAGCUGAGACAAGUUCUGGAACUUGUACGAGAAAUGAAUAACUUAAAUAAAUUGACAGCAAGAUGGAAUCAUAUUCACACUCUAGAUGGCGCCUACUUACCUGUUUCAUUAAGAUGUUUAAGCUUUUCAAAUAACAUCAUUGAAUCCAUUCGAAAAGGCUUCUUUAAUCAUUUAAAGAAUCUCCAAAGUUUGGAUAUCUCCAGGAAUCGGAUUGAAAUCUUGAAUGACGAUAUUUUCAUAGGCCUAAUCGAUUUAAAAUAUCUAGAUCUCAGUGGAAACUUAAUAUUUGAUGUUUCAAAUUGGAUUGGCAGUUUAACAGAGUUAAGGACAUUGGUAUUAUCAAGAAACGAUAUCACAGUAAUAGAAGAUUAUACAUUCCAACAUUUACAUUUAUUAGAAAAGAUUGAUUUGAGUUUGAACCGAUUAAAUCAUAUUCAUAGCAAAGCAUUUUUAAAUUUACAUAGUUUAAAGCUGUUAAAUCUUAGUCAUAAUCAUCUAGAAAGAGUACCCUAUGCUCUCAAAUUGUUAAAGUUAGAGUCUUUGGACUUAUCUCAUAAUUCAAUCCGAAUUGUUCAUGAGGACGAUUUUUGUUUCUCAAUUACAAAUGAAUUAAUAUUAAAAGGGAAUAAAUUAAUAUUAAUUGAUUCUCAAUCGUUCUGCCAAUUACAUGCUCAAAUUUUGGAUUUCUCUCAUAAUAGUCAGUUAGUUUAUAUCGAUAGAAAUGCUUGGAUAAAUGCAACUUCUUUAACAACAUUCAAUUUAAUUGGCAGUAAACUCACAGCUUUGGAAGAUAAUCUAUUGAAUUCUGCACCAAAUUUAAAAGAAAUAUACAUAGAUAACGACAUCUUAAAUUGCGAUUGUGGCGUUAACAAGCUCAUAAACUUUAUCAACACUACAAAUUGUAUUGAUGCACCAUCGACUUGUAAACCUCGAAUAAUUUCGCAUCUACUACCAAAUAGAUUGGUUGUCGAUUUAGGUGGAUCAGUAAAAUUAUUUUGUAGAGCUGUAGGCGAUCCACACCCCAAUAUCGCGUGGAAUGGGAAAUUACCGAUUAUUGGUAGAAAUUUAGAAAUUGAUUUUCUUGAAAAAAAACAUCAGGGAAACUAUAAUUGUACUGCAAAAAAUGUUUAUGGCCAAGAUUCUGCUACAGUAACAAUUAUUGUACGAAACUUACACGCAAAGGUUAAAAUUAUUAGCAUUUUAUAAUUCACCUAACGAUAUUAAUUAUAUCCCUCCAAAUAUUUUUCUACUUUUAGGUGCUUAUUAUGAAAGUGACGUCACACUCAGUAACAGUGGGUUGGAGAGCUAAUUCCUCUUCUUACGAGAGGAGUUAUGAAAUUCUUUAUAGAAGACAUAAAGAGCACAAUACCAGCUCCUAUAGUUCGGUUGAGCUUCAACCAUAUAUGAGGGAAUAUACCAUCUCUAAAUUGUCGCCUAGAACCAAAUAUGAAUUUUGCAUGGCGGCCAAGCAUGGUAGUGACUUAAUUCCUCUGCAUUGCAAGAAGGUAGCAACGAGGGCAGUUAGCUACGAGCGCUUAGGGAUAUUGAGCGCCAGAAAUUAUGUAAUAACAGGAGCUAUUGGCUGCAUAAUUACAUUGACAGCAGCGUUUUGUGGCUUGGGUAUUCUUGUUAGAAAGUUCAAUAAAAAGAAACGCUUGCAAGACAACCUUUACGCUGCAAACGAACAUUCCUCACAAACCUUUCUUGCACAGAUGGAUGCAAUGAUGUGUGAUGACGUAACCACACCAAUUACAUUUGAAAACCGAAUAGCUCAAUUUUUUGAAGAAAAUGAAGAAGAUAGUGAUAUCUACCAAACUGCUAAUACGCCAACUUAAAAUAUACAGUAUACUGUAUAGAUUUGAAUAUGUAUAUAUACUAAAAGAUAACAAUCAGACAGACAAACAAGACAUGUUUAUACACAUUGAAUGUUAUAUUCGCUGUUUCUGUUACAUAAUAUCUUGUAUAAAUACAUAUAAAUUAUUCAUAUGUUUAAUACUUUUAUAUAGAUAACUGUUUUUAUUAAUUAUGGAUAGAUUUAAUACAAAAAGA